ACGGUCUUAGUUUUCCAGAUUUAAUCACUAGAUUUGCGAUGUGAACCUGCUUGCCUUACGAAUAUUCGGUCCAAUUUCAAGUAGAAUGCAGAUAAUGAAUCAGUUGGACGAAGCACUUUCUCCCUCAUUUCCUUCCGAUUUGACAUGACAGUUAUCUUAAUUCUGUGUUCAAAAGAAAAAUGAGUCGACGAGGUGCAGCUGCUCCCAAGGGGAAAAAGAAAGGGGCUACUUUCACCAUUGAUUGUUCCAAGCCAGUGGAGGACAAGAUUAUGGACAUUGCAUCUCUGGAAAAAUUUCUUCAGGAGAGGAUUAAAGUCGGUGGCAAGGCUGGUGCUCUUGGUGACACUGUUACAGUUGCCCGUGAGAAGAACAAGAUUACUGUUACCUCUGACAGUAACUUUUCAAAGCGGUACUUGAAGUAUUUGACAAAGAAAUAUUUAAAGAAGCACAAUGUGAGGGACUGGCUCAGAGUGAUUGCCGCUAACAAAGAUAGAAGUGUUUAUGAACUAAGAUACUUCAACAUUGCUGAGAACGAGGGAGAGGAUGAAGAGUAAUCAAAUUUAUGAGCUUAUUGACAUGAGGAUCUUUUAACUUUCCAUUUUGCAUGACUUAAAGAAUGUUCCUUUGCUUUACAUCAGAGGUUAUCUAACAAUGAGGGUUAUUGAAAAUUUUGCAUUUUGCCAUUACUAUUGGAUUGGAAAGAGCGCUCUUACAUUUUUGUCAGGCUUCCAUAUUUAACACAGAUCGACUGUGUUGUGCUGGUUUCCAUGGAUGUUAAUAUAUCGUUGCAGUUUUGCAGCAUAUUAGAGUUC